GGAGGGCCAGCAGUCCAUGGCAGGUGGGCGGCGCGGCCUCGCAAGACAAAGCAGGGAGCCCCAUUCGAAGGAGCCUUCCCGACCGCGGGCUCGCUGCCCCGGCCCGAGGCCCGACCGCGCCAAACCCCAGGUGCCCGGCCGGCGGAGACAGCCCGCAGCACCCGGAGCGCCAGCCCAACCGCCGCCGCCGCAGGAGCGCGCUGGGCGCCCAGCUGCCGUCCCGGCCCAACCAACGCGGGCAGGGGAGGAGAGACGAAUAACGCUGGGGCGAACUGACAGGCCCAGAUUUAAGACUCAUGACGAAGAUCCUGAGACGCUUAUUCUGUCGGCAGAAAAGUCAAAAGGAGAUUCACACAAUGGCCCAAUGACUGAAGGCCUCUUUAUUUCGUACGCUGCUGUUCAUUUAAAAUCCAAUCAAAGAGCGAGUCUCGGGCCGCGCUCGCAUACGUUUGUAUUCUAGCCAAUCAGAAAAGCCGACUCUUCGGUUCAGGAUCAACCGGCUCAGAGGGACCCGCGGCCAAGGCAGGAACAGUUUGGCCUCCGUGCGAUAAGCGGACGGGAUGGACUGCGUCGGAGAUCCUGGCCGGCACCCCCGCACACCCAAGAGUCCCUGUGUGCUGAGAAGCUGCGCCCAGGGGUGUGGCAGGACGAGGGCCGCAGGCGCAGAGGCGUGCCGGGGCUUUGCCCCGGCUCACAGCGUUGCACCUGAAGCGGGCCUCCCUGGCGGCGCUCAGCCAAAACCGCCACACGCGGCGACCCCGGAGAGUCUGCGCCGCCUGGGCCUCAAGCUCGAGUCUCGCCGAAGUGUGCACCCUAGGUCAAGCGAUCCUGCGGGAGCUGGCGGCGCCCCUUUCACCUCUGACCCAGUGGAUUGUGCGUGUGCUCAGCCCCUGCCAAACCCCGGGGCGCCUCACUGCGUCUCACCUUUCCCGUUUACCAUUCUGGAAUAGGAAGUGAUUUCCAGAAACAUGAAGCAUUAGUCAACACUGGUUUACCAAGGACUUGACUUACUCAUUUCUUAACCUCAACCUUCCCCAGCCUACCAUCCCAUGAAAUUACCUUCUCCAGGGGCCAUCAAGUGCAUAGAAAUGAGCUCAAGCUUUGGAGCAGACACCAGCUUCUAGUUACCCAAUACGAAUGGCAACUAGAUCCCAGGGGAUCUUGAACCUUUGGACCUUCAGGGAGCAGUUUCCCCUUCCAUGACAUCUAUCUUGCAAUGUUGUUUUGAAGAUUAAAUGAGAAUUACGUAUAAAAUACUUAGCACGCUAGAGCUUAAACAAAUAGAAAUAUUAAUGGUGAUAAAACAUACAAAGUUGCCAAACUUGGCUAACCAAGAAAAGAAUGUACAGCUAAGCAAAAGACUUGAGAGGAAAAAACACCCAUGGGGGGAAAGCUAAAGUUCAGUUAACAAUAUUCUCUACUGUUUUGUUAAUUUUAAAAAACUGGAAACAACUUGAAAAGAAUAGUAGAACGCUACAUUUUUAAAACUUCAAGACAGUUAACGGCCUUGUAAAAAACAACUUGAUGACUAGAGCUUGUCUUUUUUCUCCAUAGGCUCCUCUGCAGGCAGCACUGGACUUAAAGGUUAUCAGUAAACACUUGUUGAAUUUAAUUGAAAAGAAAGUGUAAAUUGGAGCCUGAUCUAAACUGGGGUCUCAAUAGUGAGAGACGCUACUAAUUCUUCACCAUAUAUGUAGCACAUGGAAGUCAGUGUCUUCAGAAAGAGCCACUCAAAUGUUCCCAUUUAGCAUUGUGAGUACACAGACAAUGCCAGAAGUUGAACAGGUCCAUUCCUAUAUCCCUUGGCAUCUAAAGAAAAUACCCCAUUCUGAGAUUUAACAGUAUAUCCUCUCUGAUGGAUUGGGAGGUCCCAACUGAAGUCUGCUGACCAGAAAUGACACCAGGGAGCUUGCCAUGAGGAUUGGAGCUAUCUGGACUGCAGAGCUCAAGUUACCCUAAUGGACUUGGAGAAAUGGUCUAAAACUUUAGAGUGCACAAAUAUUACAGGAAGACACCACCCCAGGGAUUUUUUAUUCUAAAGGUCUGGAGUGAACCUCAGGAACCUGCAUUUUAUGUACAUUGUAAAACUAAUUUUUAAAUGUAUAUAUAGUAAAAUUCCCUCCUUUUGGUGUA